AUGAGGUCCGACGGCGAGAAGCCGUUCCGAUGCGAGUACGAGGGCUGCGACCGACGCUUCGCCAACAGCUCCGACCGCAAGAAGCACUCGCAUGUGCACACGUCCGACAAGCCGUACAACUGCAAGGUGCGCGGCUGCGACAAGAGCUACACGCACCCCAGCUCGCUUCGCAAGCACAUGAAGGUGCACGGCAAGGACGUCAGCGGCUACGACUCGGACUCGUCCUCGGCCACCAACGCGUCCACGCUGCGCUCGCCCACGUCGCUGACCUCGCCGCCGGCGGCCGUGACCUCGCUGACCUCGAGUCUGCAGCAGACCAACCUCAACGAGUGGUACAUCUCGCAGAACGCCACCGGCAUGCCGACGCCGCCCAGCAACGAGCACUCGCCGAUCGGCGGCCAUCCGCAGGCGCACCUGCUGCCCCACCACGAGCGCGCUGUCUCGCGGCCCACCGCCGUCGGAGUGGUCACCUGA